AUCGUUACGGAACUGACGGACCAAUCGUUUGUCGAAUAUUUGACCGCCGAUUCCGGGCACCGGUUGACCGCCGAUGAGACUAAAGCGUUGAUUGGCCGAAAAUGUGGCCACAAUUCAGGUGAUGACGGGAUCUGUGUAUUAGAGGACUCAAUACAAGUGUCACUCAUUUGUCCGGUAAGUCAACGCCGAUUGCGGAUCCCGUGCCGGGCAGUCACGUGUCAGCACAUCGAGUGCUUCGAUGGUCAGUCAUUAUUUGCGGUCAACGAAUGGCGGUCGGAGUGGUUGUGCCCCAUAUGUCAGUCGCCGGCCGACACGUCCGACAUCCGAGUGGACACCUAUUUUGAGACUGUUUUGACCGAAACCCCAGAGUCUGUGACCACUAUUCGCGUGAAAAGUGAUGGCAAUUACGUAAUCGGCGGCCGUUUUGACGGACAAUCUUUGACAACAAACCCGACGGACAAUACCAUCGGAUCCAGUCUUCGGGCGCAGUGGAGGCCAAUGGCCAGCGGUUCUAACAGUACGGACAGUCACACCGCUGCAAAUGAACAGCCAGUGACGGACACAAUAGCACCGACACCGGCGACUACUAUCACCGCCGCGGCUGACAAAUGUGAACCAUUGCCAUCAGGCAAGAGGUCAUCGGCCAGUGUGCACUCUAAUGGCGACGACGGCGGACCGCAGCAUAAGAGACCGCACACUAUGGACCACUCGCCGCCCACUGUCCCCAUCAAUGUCUGUCAGCCGCCGAUUGCCAGUCCAUCGGACAUGAAUUUGUCGGACAAUAGCAGCCAAGAAGUGGUCACUGACUGCGCGUUCAGACGUUUACCGAAGUAUACGAUCGUAAGGCAGUUAUACGGACCGCGAGUGUUGACCUCUAUAUCUGAUGCCGUGAUCUGGAAGUCAUUCACACUCUAUGAGGACUACUUUCCCGACACAUACUUCUUGGCGGACAAGAAUUUGUCGAAAAUUUUGAUCAAAAAUCGGAUGCAAAUUCAGCUGCGGUUCAGUCGUACGGCCGAACCGGCGGCCAAAGACUCCGUACCCGAAGGCUUGUGUAUUGACGUGAACGACACCCGCGUCUACACUCACUCAUCUGAUGGCCAGCAGUGGUGUCGGCCGUACGACGUAAGCCAAUACUGUCGACUCGGUCUGAAUGACAUCCAGUUCUCUCUGUCCUCCAAAAACAAUGGAUACUUUUUGCCGACACUUUUUGAGGUCAGUAUCGUUAAGGAACUGACGGACCAAUCGUUUGUUGAAUAUUUGACCGCCGAUUCCGGGCACCGCUUGACCGCCGACGACACUAAAGCGUUGAUUCGCCGAAAAUUUGGCCACAAUUCUGGUGACGACGGGAUCAGCCUUUUGGAUGACUGGAUACAAGUGUCACUCAAAUGUCCGUUAAGUCAACGCCGAUUGCGGAUCCCGUGCCGGACAGUCACGUGUCAGCACAUCGAGUGCUUCGACGGCCAGUCAUUUUUCGCGGCCAACGAAUGGCGGUCGGAGUGGUUGUGUCCCAUAUGUCACGCGUCGGCCGACACGUCCGCCCUUCGAGUGGACACCUAUUUUCAAAACGUUUUGGUUAAAACACCGGAGUUUAUGACCACUAUUCGCGUCACAAGUGACGGCAAUUACGUAAUCGGCGGCCGUUUUGACGGACAAGUGAUUCAAUUGUUAGACGACUCGGAGACGGACGAAGAAGUGAUGGCCAGCAGCUUAGACAAGAGGGCAGCGACGCUGAGCGCUGAGGGGUGUCAGCGCUUACGUCUGAAGAGAUUACAUCGACUGAUCACUCGCUUCACCAAAAGUGAGUUAAUAGAGGUCUUAAAGGAGUUCCAGUGGACGUACAAUAAGAGCGACAUUUGGCGGACACUGUUAUCGCGCGUCCAACAGCUGAUCGACUCGCCCGACGCCGAUGUCCAACGCUUGUCACGUGUGAUCCCAUCUAUUCAUAAACGCAAAGCUCACCGCAAGGACCGCCGCCGGAUGGCCAACAAGUCGGCCAACAAUUAUGGCGUUAAUGGCGGACAACCACUGCGGCCGCCGUCGGCGAAGAGACAACGCGUGAUUUUACCACCGAUUGAUGAUCGCUGGGAGAUAUCGCCCCCAACUGUACACAAUAAUCACGACAUCGAUUCCUGGUCUUUGCCAUUCCCUUACGAUACGAUGGACACAGAUUUGUCGCCACCCGCGGACACCAGCGACCAGGAAGUGGUCACCGCCUAUGCGUUCAGACCGUUGCCGAAGUAUACGAUCGUAAAGCGGUUGCACGAGACGGAAGUGUUGCCCUCGAUCUCUGAUCGCGGCGUCCGAAAGACAUUCCUACUUUUUGAGAAAGACUUUGUGGGCAUAUAUUGGCCGGCGGACAGAAAUUUGCAGAAAAUUUUGGCCAAAAAUGGGAUGCAAAUACUGCUGCGGUUCAGUCAUACGGCCGAACCGGCGGCCAAAGACUCCGUUCCCGAAGCGCUUUGUAUUGUGGUGAACGGCGCCCUCGUCUACACCUAUUCCGAUGACCAGCAGUGGUGUCGGCCGUUCGACGUGAGCCAAUACUGUCGACUGGGUUUUAACGACAUGUGGUUCAGUCUCUCCUCUAAAAACAGUGAAUACAUUUUGCCCACACUUUUCGAAGUUAGUAUUGUUAAGGAAUUGACGGACCAAUUGUUUGUCGAAUAUUUGACCGCCGAUUCCGGGCAUCGCUUGACCGCCGACGAGACUAAAGCGUUGAUUGGCCGAAAAUUUGGCCACAAUUGGGAUGACGACGGGUUCAAUCUAUUGGAUGACUCCAUACAGGUUUCACUCAUGUGUCCGUUAAGUCAACGCCGACUGCGAAUCCCGUGCCGGACAGUGAAGUGUCAGCACAUCGAGUGCUUCGACGGCCAAUCAUUUUUCGCGGCCAACGAAUGGCGGUCGGAGUGGUUGUGUCCUAUAUGUCACGCUUCGGCCGACACGUCCGCCCUUCGAGUGGACACUUAUUUUCAGAACGUUUUGGCCGAAACACCGAAGUCUUUGACCACUAUUCGCGUGACAAAUGGCGGCCUUUAUAUAAUCGAUGGCCGUUUUGACGGACAAAUGAUUGAAUUGAUAGACGACUCGCUUAGUUUGAAACAACAUUUGCGGCGGACAUCAAACCCGGUGUUGGACACAAUGGCAUCGGAUCCAGGCUUAGGCAAGUGGGCAGCGAUGCUGAGGGAUAAGUCAUUUUAUAUGUACCCAAAUCUGGGGACAUUACACCAACUGAUCACUCGCUUUACCAAACGUGAGUUAAAACAAGUCUUAGGGGAGUUCCAGUGGACGUACACCGGGAGCGACAUUUGGCGGCCACUGUUAUCGCGCGUACAACAGCUGAUCGACUCGUCCGACACCGAUGUCUAUCAUGUGUAUCGUGUGAUACAAUCUAUUCAUAAACGCAAAGCUCACCGCAAAGACCGUCGGAUGGCCAAGAAGUCGGCCAACAAUGAUGGCGUUAAUGGCGGACAACCACUGCGGCCGCCGUCGCCGAAGAGAGAACGCUUGAUAUCACCACCGAUUGGAAAUCGCUCGGAGAUAUCGCCCCCAAAUGUACUCUUCAAUUACGCCAUCGAGACACCGCCUUUGGUCACCACCGAUGCGUCGCACACAGAUUUGUCGCCACUCGCGGACACCAGCGACCAAGAAGUGGUCACCGCCUAUGCGUUCAGACCGUUCCCGAAGUAUACGAUCGUAAAGCGGUUGCUCGAGACGGAAGUGUUGCCCUCGAUCUCCGAUCGCGGCGUCCGAAAGACAUUUCUACUCUUUGAAUAUUUUCCUGCGGACAUAAAUUUGGUCAAAAUGUUGUACAAAAAUCAGAUGGGAAUUCAGCUGCGGUUCAGUCAUACGGCCGAACCGGCGGCCAAAGACUCUGUACCCGAAGCCCUGUGUAUUCACGUGAACGACGCCCUCGUCUACACCUACACCGAUAACAAGCAGUGGUGCCGGCCGUUCAACGUGAGCCGAUACUGUCGGUUGGGUCGUAACGACAUCCAGUUCUCACUCUCCACUAAAAACAGUGAAUAUGUUUUACCGACACUUUUCGAAGUUAGUAUCGUUAAGGUAUUGACGGCCCAAUUGUUCAGUUCAUUAUUGACCAUUGAUUCGAAGAACUGGUUGACAACCAAUGCGACCAAUGUGUUGAUUAGCCGCAGAGUUGGCCACAACGCCGGUGACGACGGGAUCAGUCUAUUGGAUGACUCAAUACGAGUUUCACUCAUGUGUCCGUUAAGUCAACGCCGAUUGCGAAUCCCGUGCCGGACAGUCACGUGUCAGCACAUCGAGUGCUUCGACGGCCAGUCAUUUUUCGCGGCCAACGAAUGGCGGUCGGAGUGGUUGUGCCCCAUAUGUCAGGCAUUGGCCGACACAUCCGCCCUUCGAGUGGACACUUAUUUUCAGAAAGUUUUGGCCAAAACACCGGAGUCUGUGACCACUAUUCGCGUAAAAAAUGGCGGCAGUUAUGUAAUCGGCGGCCGUUUUGACGGACAAGUAAUUCAAUUGAUGGACGACUCGGAGACGGAUGAAGAAGUGAUGGCCAGCAGUGAUGAUAAUGAAGACUAA